AUGGAACUCGAUAUAUCGCAAAUUCAACGCUCUUCAGAAUCAAUAACAUCACUUACUCCAAUUAUAACCCAAAGAUCUGAAUAUGAACAACAAGUUGAUCCAAACAAAUAUUGCAAGUUUGAGUCCAAGAAUGUGUGGGACCAUCCAUCUAAAUUGGCCGUGUUAAUCACGGGCUGCGAUUCAGGCUUUGGCAAAUUGGCAGCAGAAGUACUGCCACGGAUUGGCUAUGUAUGUAUUGCCACCUGCCUGUAUCAUAAAUCACUAUAUUAUUUUCAGGAUUUAUAUAAUCAAUUGUACAACUCGAGUGGGUGCCAUAAUAAAAUAUUUUCUAAAGCGCUGUUGAUGGACGUUACUAAUGAUGAAUCAAUUGAGGCAGCGGUAAGUGAUGUAAAUGAUUACUUGGAUUCUCUAUCAAUACCAGGUUUAUAUGCUCUAGUAAAUAACGCUGGCAUUUGGACCUGUUCAUUCCUAAAGGAAUCAAGUGCUAGUUAUAUACAGAGGAUGCAAGAACGGGGUAGUUUUAGGGAGAUAAUUGAGACAAAUCUCAUAGGGUCAUACAACUGCACGUUGAGCUUCAUGCCACUCCUAGAAAGAUUUACCAACAAAAUACAUGAUAAUAAGACUAUUUAUCGAACUUUAUCCAGUGUUGUAUGUCCAAUACUUGACACUGGCGGAUUUGUCGAUUCAUCUUCCGAAUCUAGUGGGUCGGAAGAUGAAUCUGUUUCUGAAAAUUUGUCACCGCACAUUCCCUGUGUAAAAUCGCAGAAGAUAGCCCAAAAUUCGACACUUAGGUGUAUAAUAAAUAGAAGACGCCGUGCUAGAGUUAUAUUCAUUUCAAGUGUACUAGAUUCAGUGGCGUUGCCUGGUCAAGCCGCUUAUUGUGCAUCAAAAUAUGCGAUUAAAGGGCUACAUGAGUCGAUCAGGCAUGAAUUGCGCCGAAAUGGUAUAAGUUCUGUGAUUAUAUCUCCAGCUGUGAUGAAAGAUACCAAUCUGUUUCACGAACUAAAUAAUCUAUAUGAUAUGAAAGAUGAUGGCAUUGAUUAUAGAUGCAGCGAAGACUUGGACAAUAUGAAACGUAACUUGGCGUUUCUCAAGCAAUUUGGAGUGGGAAAGGAGGAUUUACUCAAGAUAUUGCUGACGGCUCUGGCUGAACGAGUACCCAAUAAUGAGUACAGGAAUACACCGGGGUCACUUCCAUUUAAGCUACUAUCCAAUUCAUGGGGUGUAUUUAAAGAUCUGGUUAUUUAUAUUGGUUUGUACGUGUUACCGCCAUUGGCAUUGUUUUGUCUGGAUUUGUAUCAUAAAUCGGCUAGACCCUUCUCUUCCGCCUUUAAUUUCUCUUUGGAAUUUCACGACUUGUAA